AUGGGGCAUGAAACUGCUGCCACAGCAUCCAUCAUCCUGUGGAGGACAGUGAAAACAUGUGCUGUCAUCUUUGACAUUUUAAUUGAAAAGAAAGCUUACACAGAUUUCGACCUUAACCAGCCUGUCCCAGGUUCUCUGUCUUCACUACUGCACCUACACAACCGACAAAGACAGCCUAUGCCUGCCUCUAUGCCUGGCACCCUGCCUAACCCCACCAUGCCUGGAUCUUCUGCUGUACUCAUGCCUAUGGAGCGACAAAUGUCAAUGAACUCCAACAUCAUGGGAAUGCAGGGGCCGAACCUCAAUAAUCCAUGUGCUUCACCUCAAGUCCCCCCAAUGCAUUCAGAAGCCAAAAUGAGACUGAAGGCAGCACUGACUCAUCAUCCUGCCGCCAUGUCAAACGGGAAUAUGAACACCAUGGGCCACAUGAUGGAAAUGAUGAGCUCGCGGCAGGACCAGACGCCACACCAUCAUAUGCACUCACAUCCUCAUCAGCACCAGACACUGCCACCUCAUCACUCAUACCCGCAUCAGCACCAGCAUCCAGCGCACCAUCCUCAUCCUCAGCCUCAUCACCAGCAGAAUCAUCCCCACCACCACUCCCACUCACACCUUCACGGACACCCGGCACAUCACCAGACCUCGCCGCACCCCCCGCUCCACUCAGGCGGACAAGCACAGGUUUCACCAGCGGCGCAGCAGAUGCAGCCCACGCAGACGAUACAGCCACCGCAGCCGACCGGAGGUCGCCGGAGGAGGGUGGUGGACGAAGACCCAGAUGAGAGGAGGCGGAAAUUUCUGGAAAGGAACCGAGCUGCCGCCACGCGCUGCAGACAGAAGAGGAAGGUCUGGGUGAUGUCACUGGAAAAGAAAGCAGAAGAGCUCACCCAGACAAACAUGCAGCUUCAGAACGAGGUUUCCAUGCUGAAAAAUGAGGUAGCACAGCUGAAACAGUUAUUGUUAACACAUAAAGACUGUCCGAUAACAGCUAUGCAGAAAGAAUCGCAAGGAUAUCUAAGUCCCGAGAGCAGUCCUCCUGCAAGCCCAGUCCCAGCUUGCUCCCAGCAGCAAGUCAUCCAGCACAACACCAUCACGACCUCCUCCUCUGUCAGCGACGUCGUGGGAAGCUCCACUCUCACCCAGCUUGCCAGCCACAGAACAGACAUCAACCCCAUCCUUUAA